ACAGGAUUUCGGAACUAGCUGUAGCAAGAGCAGACGCUGGCACUGGGAGUAGUUGGGGGAUGGAGAAAGGAACUUGUUUUUUUAAUGUAGUUUUAACUGAGUUUAGCAUUUACUUAAUUCAACUGUCAAGCAGAAACUGUGGACAUAUCUAAACCAUAGAUCUGUGAGCUGUAUGCUGCAGGUGUUGGAGACUAAAACAGAGACAUGAAGUUGGAGGUACCGGACAGUUUUGAAGAUGUUGCCAUCAGUUUCACUGAUGAAGAGUGGGCUAUAUUAAGCCAUCAGCAGAAGGAGCUGCACAGGGCAGUGAUGAUACAAAACUACGAAAAUAUGAUUUCAUUGGGCUAUGUAAUCCCAGUGGAUGAUGUGUUGGCAUGUGUAAAGAGGGGAUGGAAACGUGAAAAAGAAGAACUGGAGAUAAAAGAAAAGGAAGAACAAAAGGAUGAGAAGAAAAAUGAGAUCAAAGAGGAACCAGCUCAGGUUCAAGAAAUCCUUGACAUCUCAAAACCUAUUAAGUGGGAGAAAGACUUUGAAGAAGAUAGUGGACAAAGAGCAUGUGCUAAAUCUGAGAAGAGUUCCAUUUCUGAAUCUAAAUAUCAACCAGUUAAUAGAGGAAAGAAUGCAUUUCAGUGUACUGAAUGUGGAAAGAAUUUUAGAUGGAAGUCUUUUCUUAUUAGACACUUGCGUGUUCAUUUGAAACCAAAAAUACUUAAAUGUACUAUGUGUGAGAAAAGUUUUAGCAGUAAAUUUAAUUUUGUUAGACAUCAAAAAAUUCAUAUAAAAUGCAAGCCACUCAAAUAUGAUGACUCUACAGACAGUACCUUACAUGAAUCAAGUGUUACUGAACAUAAAGCAAGUCCCCAUGAAGUAAUGGCAUCUUUUCAGUGUACUGAUUACGUAGAGGAACAGGAUGUUAAACCACCAGUUCUACACACACAGCAGCAGACUUACAGAGGACAAAAAGUGUUUAAAUGCAUGGAAUGUGGGAAGAGUUUCAACAAAAAGUUUAAUUUUACUAGGCACCUAAAGAUUCACAGGCGUAAUUAUAUAGGAGACCAGCCACACUCAAGCAAUGUGUAUGAAAAGAACUUCACAGCUCAGUUUGAUCAAAUUCAAAAUCAGGUCAUUCUUAAGAAAGAAAAACCUUUCAAAUGUUUUGAAUGUAAGAAAGGAUUCAGAAGUAAAUCGGGUCUUAUACACCAUACUGCAAAUCACAUGAAGGAGAAACCUUUUAAAUGCUUUAAAUGUGACAAGAGUUUUAUAUGGAAAUCUUGUCUUGUUAGACAUCAGCGCCUUCAUGCAGAAGACAGAAUAUAUUUCUGCAGUGACUGUAAGAAAAGUUUUACAAACCAGCUAGAAUUUUCCCAGCAUCGGGCUCUUCAUAAAGGGAAAAAAAUUAUUGUGUGCAAUGAAUGUGGGAAGGGUUUCACAAGUAAAUCAGGUUUUGUACAACAUAAGGCAAAUCAUACCACAGGGAACCUUUUUAAGUGUGCCCACUGUGAUAAGAGCUUUUUGUGGAAAUCUGUCCUCGCUAGACAUCAGCAGCAUCAUAUGGCUAAAAAAUUAUUUAAGUGCAAUGAGUGCGACAAAUGUUUCAACAAUAAAUUUAAUUAUACCAGACAUCAGAUAAUUCACAAUGGCCAUAAACCAUUUACAUGUGAGGAUUGUGGAAAGAACUUUUCUUACAAAGCUGAUCUUAUCCGGCAUAUGUCUACUCAUCGAGGGGAGAAACCUUUUAAAUGUACUGAAUGUGGGAAGUGUUUCACACGAAACUCAAAUCUUACUAAACAUCUUGCACAUCACACGUUGGAGAAACCUCAUAAUGAUACUGAAUAUGAGAAAAAUUUUAACAUGAAAUCAGAUUUUACAGAGUACCAGCAGGCAGACUAUGUGUUACCUAACUACAUUGACAGUGAAAAUAAAUUUACAAAUGCAUUUAGUCUUGAACAGUGCCAUAUGGGUCAAGAGAAGGAACAGUUUAAAUGCACUGAAUGUGGUGAAUGUUUCACAAAUAAAGAGUGUCUUGUUCAACAUCAAGUAGUCCACAUGGAGCAAAAACCCUUUCAUUUUAUCAAGGAUGAGCAAGGAUUUAAGGAGGGUUCGGUUUUUGAAAAUCAGCAGCAGCUUCAUACAGGAGUAAAACGAUUUAUGUGUAUUGAUUGUGGAAAAGAUUUCCGCAGUAAAUUCAAUCUAAACAGACACAGAAAAACUCACCUAGAACAGAAAGUGUUCACAUGUAAUUUCUGUGGAAUGUGUUUCUCUUCUAGGUUAGAUCUAAUGCAACACAAGACAGUUCAUAAGGAAGAGAAAGAUUUUAAGUGUGCAAAUUGUGGAGAGUGUUUCAUAAAGAAAUCAGAUCUUACUCAGCAUAAAGCAGUUCAUUCUCAGAAUGCAGUUUUCAAAUGUACAGACUGUGACAAAAGUUUUAGACUGAAAACAAGUCUAAUUAGACAUCAAGCGAUCCACUUAGAAGACAAGAUCUUUCCAUGCAGUGACUGUGGGGCAUGUUUUAAGAUUAAAUUGCAACUUAUUAAUCAUCAACAGAUUCAUGCAAAAGAAAGCCAUUUUAAUUGUAUUGAAUGUGGGAAAAGCUGUAUAACAAAAUCUCUUUUUAACAGGCACCUACAAAUUCAUCUUACCCAAUAUCUGGAUACUGAGAACAAGGAUAUACUUUUUACUUGCAAUAUAUGUAGCAAACGUUUUACAAGUAAAUCUGGUCUUGUUCAGCACAAGGCUGUCCAUAUGGAGAAAAAACCUUUUAAAUGUACUGUAUGUGAAAAAAGUUUUAUAUGGCAUUCAUUACUUAUAAGACACCAGAAAUGCCACUCAGAACAAGAAGCAUUGGCAUGCACAGAAUGUGGAAUGACAUUUACAUACAAAGCUCAUUUUGUUCGACAUCUGGCAUCUCAUAGUGAAGAUAAAUCUUUCCCGUACUCUGAGCAUGGACAGUGGUUCGGUACUGAACCACAUUUUAGUGAACAGGAGCCGAUUCAUUCAGAAGGCAUUAUGGAUUCAUAUGAUUUGUAUGGGAAAAGCAUGUUUACUGAAGUGGAAAGCAGCAGUCCCCAACCUGUCAUCUCUCCACUUCCUUUACCUAGUCCUUCACCCCUUCUUACUGACCUUAGCCCUGUGAGCCCUAGUAUUUCUAUCCCAUCUGCUGCAGGAUUUCCAUACACUGAUCUGACUUAUUCUCCCACUACUUUCACAUCUGAAAUGACAGGUGACUCUGCGUAUUUUCCCCCUGAAUGUUCCCUUCCAGAUCCCACCUCUGUUAUCUGUGUGUACAUUCCUUAAUCCAACACUAGAUGUGGCAGUAGCACCCACCAGCUUAGUAGGGCAGUAAAAGGUAAUUGUUUCAUUUUUAAGAGGUGGAUAAUUGGUACCCCUUCAUACAAAGCUUCCUUUGAAAAAUGUAUAACUUCUAGGUGCUUUCCUGACAUAGAGGUGGGUUCUGGUUUGCAGUACUAGUGUCCCAGAACUGCAUAGGAUCCCAGCUUGUCAGAAGGGCAGCUAAGGCAGACAAACUGAGCAUCAUGUUGACAUUGUUACCUACUUGUUUGGGCGAAUGGAACUGACUGAUCCCAAGGUGAAACGCCUGACAAUGAUGACUGGGGUAUGACAGUCACUAGAUGCUCAGUGUUAUCUGAUAUUGCUUGGGACAUCUUAAAAACAUGGGUGAAAUUGUGCACAUGCUCACAUGACAUUCCUACAUGUGUAUGAAUACCCUACUAGAAUGAGAGAAAACUCCCUGUGCGUGACUCUGCCAGUACAACUACUCUAUAAUACCUGGUUAUUAAAAUCAGAUGUCAGAAUAAAAACCUGAAAUCCCCAGCACUCAUCUCAAACUACAUCUCAACAUAAAACCAUUUAGUGACAAGGAAGGUCACUGUGAUAGGAGGGCCUAGGCUUGCCAGUGGUACUGAGAUAUAGUGGACUGAAUGGAACAGGUGGAAGAAAUAAUGUAAUAGCCAUUCAGCUAAAUGUAAAAACAAAGAAACAAAUCUCUGCCUUCAACCUCUCAAGCAGAUUUCUGCAGAACUACUAGAUCUGCUUAUUAGCAGACUCGUUUCAUAGAGAUCAGAUAUUUUUUCAGUACUGUCUCACUUUCUGUGGCUUUUUAAUACUGCUUUUGCCUGUGUAGUAUACAUAAUAUUAUGCUAAAAGAUUGUAUAUAUUGUACUUGUCUGUAAUGAUUAAAAAAUAUCCUCACAACA